GGUCACAACCAGCACUCGUGAAUGUAGCGAUCGGUAAGACAGCAACGCAAAGUAGCGAUUGGUCGGCUUCUUACCCGGCAAGCAAUGCUGUGGAUGGUAAUACAAACACGGAUUGGUAUAGUGGCAGCUGUACCAGCACCAAAGACAACCAAAAUGCCUGGUGGAAAGUGGAUCUUGGUGGGAAUUACCUUGUUCAUGAAGUAAUUGUUACUAAUCGCCUAGAUUGUUGUGAGUCACAACCAGCACUAGAGAAUGUAGCGAUCGGUAAGACAGCAACGCAAAGUAGCGAUUGGUCGGCUUCUUACCCGGCAAGCAAUGCUGUGGAUGGUAAUACACACACAAAUUGGAAUAGUGGCAGCUGUACCAGCACCAAAGACAACCAAAAUGCCUGGUGGAAAGUGGAUCUUGGUGGGAAUUACCUUGUUCAUGAAGUAAUUGUUACUAAUCGCCUAGAUUGUUGUGAAACCCGUAUUUUGAAUGCUGAAAUUCGAGUCGGUUUGUCAGAUGAUAUAUCAGUAAAUAGUCAAUGUGGUGAAAAGAUAACUUCAAGUCAAACCAGCCAGGCAAACAUUCAUAUCCAAUGUAACAGUCCAAUCGUUGGGCGUUAUGUCAGUAUGCAGCUGGUAGAUAGAUCUGACCUUCUCAACUUUUGUGAAAUGCAGGUCAUGGCUGAAGGGUCACAACCAGCACUCGUGAAUGUAGCGAUCGGUAAGACAGCAACGCAAAGUAGCGAUUGGUCGGCUUCUUACCCGGCAAGCAAUGCUGUGGAUGGUAAUACAAACACAAAUUGGAAUAGUGGCAGCUGUACCAGCACCAAAGACAACCAAAAUGCCUGGUGGAAAGUGGAUCUUGGUGGGAAUUACCUUGUUCAUGAAGUAAUUGUUACUAAUCGCCUAGAUUGUUGUG